GAAACCCUCGUACCAGUGCCCAAGUGAACUGAGUCAAAAAUUGAAACUAAAAAAAUUCAUCAGCAAAACUUUUUUAAAAUUUAUUCGAAAUUUAAAUUCAUCAAUUUGAUGAGCAGAAUUGAGGAACAGUAUUUACUGAUGGAGCACAAGGCGAUAUCUAGAAAACGAAAGCAAGAGGAGAUGGGAAUAGAUGGUGCUAAUAAAAAGCAUAGGAAUAUUAAUGGUGGUAUUGACAAGUUACCUAAUGAUGUACUAAUCAACAUUGUGUCUCGUAUGAGCUUCAAGGAAGCCGUGAGGCGAGUGUCCUUGCGCGUAGAUGGAGAUAUAUGUGGAAGUUUUUCCACGGGACUCUACGAUUUGAAGUUAGGGAUAUCUCCACCAGAAACCUAAUGGGAGUGGAAAAGUUCGAGUCUUGCGUGAAUACACUGAUGGAUCUUCAUCAAGGCCGGCAUGUUGAGGGCGUUGUCGUUCACGUUGAUGUAGUGAGAGGCACGUUCACUGACCAGAUGAUGUUUGCAGUCGAUGAUUUGGUGUAUUUUGGUACUAGUAAGGAAUUUCAAACGCUCGAAGUGAAGCUCUCAUCACGUAAUGAUCAUGAUUAUGAUUAUGAUUAUGGAUUCCCGAGUUAUUGCGAAUAUUUUUUCCCACAUGUUGGGUUGUUGAAAUCCCAUUUUUCUUUCAGCAGCCUGAGAGCCCUUAGUUUGAGCCAUGUUUGUGUCACGGACGACGUGUUUUGUUAUCUCCUAGAGUCGUGUCACAGUCUCGAAGAGCUCUGUAUACGGUCCGCGAGCUUGCUGAUGAAUCUCCGUGUUAUUGAUCCGCCGAGCUUGAGAGCUUUGGAGAUAACCAGAUGCUGUAGUAUCCACAGUCUUGAGAUAUCUGCAGUGGGACUCGUCUCGUUAACAUAUGGAGGGAGGAAAAGCAGGCUGUUGCUCAAGAAUAUUCCGAAUGUUCGUGAACUUGCUCUUGUCGAUGAAUCGUGCCUCUACUUUGUUCGGGAACCAGAGAAGCACUCGAGCUAUUCACCUCAGCUGGAGAAGCUCGUGUUGGAUAUACGAAAACUGGAUGGCAGGUACGGGCGAAUCGUUGCCCCUCCGGAUUCGCCUCAACUCUGCUCUCUCAUACGGCUCGAAGUGAAGGUUUUCACAUUGCUCGGCCGAAGGCUCCUCUUCACACCGUUGAUCAAGGGAUCUCCACAUCUACGCGAGUUCAGGAUUGAGCUAUGCUACUCAGUAUUCCCACAGAAUUCUAUAAGGCCAGCAUUUCCCGGUAUAAUAUCGAAGGCUGGGAGAUUCGUUCACAGAAAUCUUAAGGUGGUUGAGAUGGCCGGGUACAUAGGGUGUAGUUGCGCAGAAGAGUUGUUGUUGGAGUUGAUGAGGAAAUGUCCAUCAAUCGAGAGGAUUGGCAUUAAUAUUGCGAGUGAUUAUUACUCUGAUGAUCCUCUACUCUACGUUGAAGGUCUUUCGAAAGGAAACAGACUUACAUAUGGCCGCCGUUUGCAUAUGAGGGCAACCACACGGAACGUAGCAAAAGAACGAGCCCAACGUUUCGUAUCAAAAAUUCCGAAACAGAUCGAAGUCAGCGUUUCAUGAUAAGUGUUUAUUUAUGUGUUGCACAAAUUCUCUUGUCGGUGCAAAUAUAACUCACAUAUUUUAAUAGGACACUUGUAAGUAUAUUAUUAGAGUAUGUGAGUGGUUCGCACUAUGCAGAAGACGUUCGAGUAGGAAUCCUCCUUUAUGUGUGGAUGUGUUGCCAUAUUUGAAGGUAUUUAUUUAUCUGUUAUUUUAUUUUGGUCGAAAUUAAAUGA